AUGAAGGAUCCACAACUCACAGGUCUCAAAACGCGGCUAUGGCCCAAACAGAAAGCGAGCAAAAAGUCCAAAGAAGACGCUCCAAAGGUAGAAAAGACAGAGCGGCCUCAGGUCUCUACACCCAUACGUACCGUCCCACAGCUGACUGAAGCAGAGAAGAGGAGGCUGUCAGCAUUUGAGAGGGUCGUCUACGACAUGGCCCACAACGAGAAGACCGUCAACGACCUGAUGCUUGGUCGACGAGUAGGCUUCUACGAGCUGCGUGGAGAGAUCGGACAGGGAAAUUUCUCUACAGUGAGGCUAGGCAUCCAUGACUUAACGAAAGAGAGAGUAGCUGUCAAAGUGGUAGAAAAAGUGCGCCUGGACAACAGGCGCCAGCCGAUGACAUCCUUGGAGAUCAGCUGCAUGGAGAAGCUGUGUCACCCCAACAUAGUGCGACUGUACGAGGUGUUUGAGACCAGCAGGAAGCUAUAUCUGGUGAUGGAGUAUGGCAGCGGUGGAGACCUGUUCUCUCGAAUCUCCACCAGGGGGAGACUCAAUGACCUGGAAACUAAGAUGGUCUUUGCACAAGUUAUUGCUGCUGUUAAACACAUGCAUGACAACAAAAUCGUCCACAGAGACAUCAAGGCAGAGAACAUCUUCUACACCACCAGCUACUGCAUCAAGGUUGGAGACUUUGGCUUCAGCACAGAGUGCAGUUCGAAUGAGCUCCUCACCAGCUUCUGUGGCUCUCCGCCGUACGCUGCUCCUGAACUGUUUAAAGAUAAAGGUUUUGUUGGAUACCAUUCAGACACCUGGGCUUUAGGUAUUCUCUUAUAUUUCAUGGCGACGGCCACUAUGCCCUUUUUUGGGGACAACAUGAGCAGGCUGAAGCGGUGCAUCCUUCAGGGGUCCUACAGUAUCCCUACUUAUGUGCCUGACUCCUGUGAGCUGGUCAUUAAGGGAAUGCUGCGGCCUGUGCCCUCUGAGCGUUCCUCUCUCACACAGAUCCAAAACAGCGCUUGGUUGCAAGGGCUCGAGUACCCUCUCCCGUACGUCUCUCUGCCCCUCUCCCCUUCCCACUUUGCUUUGGACAACCACACUCUGAGUGUGGAGGAGCAGGAGGUGAAAUCUUUGCUCUCAGAGCUGGGUAUAAUGACUGUUCAUUUCCAAAAUAAUCACUGCAAGGACUGUAGGAGCCCACUGACCGGAACCUACCGGAUCCUUCUCCAUCGGGUCCAGAAGAAGAGGACGGUGGAGGCUGUAGGUUAUUCAUCACUUCACCCUGAUGACUAUGAGGGUCCAGGGAGGUGGUCUGUAGCAUCUAUGGACAAACACACUCCCACUGCUGUGUGUACAAUACUCUAA